UGGGGCAGUGAUCUAUGGGGCUGUUCUCUAACCCGGGGGUCCCGCAGAGCUGCCGUUCCCCGCCGUCGCGCUGCCCCCCCCCGGAAUCCAGCUCUGAGCAACCCCCCCCCCCCCCCCAGCACCGGCCAUGGAGCCCCCCGGGGACACAGGGCCGGAGGGGCCGUUGGAGCCAUGCGGGGAGCUCCGUGCUGCGGGGCUGGAUGCGGCGGCGCGGGAGAGGCAGCUGCAGCGGGAGCUGCUGGCCCUGAAGCAGCAGCAGCAGCUCCAGAAGCAGCUGCUGUUCGCUGAGUUCCAGAAGCAGCACGAGCAUCUGACACGGCAGCACGAGGUGCAGCUGCAGAAGCACCUCAAGCAGCAGCAGGAAGCUUUGGCCGCCCGGCGGCAGCAGGAGCUGGAGCAGCAGCGGCAGCGGCAGGAGGCGAUGGAGCAACAACGCAUGGAGCAGCUGCAGGCGCUGCGCUGCAAGGAGAGGGGCAGAGAGAGUGAGAGGGGAUAUGGGGGGCAAUGGGGCUGGAACGCCCGUGGACGGGACCACCGUGAGGGCAGCGUGAGGCGCCCGCCAGCGGAGGUCAACGUGCCUGCAGUGUGCAGCAGCGCUCCGUGCUCGGGGCCCAGCUCCCCCAACAGCUCCCACUGCGCCAUCGCUGAGAACGGCUUCACCGGCUCCGUGCCCAACAUCCACGCCGAGCUGCUGCCCCAGCCCCGUGCACUGACCCUGGAUGGAGCCGGGCAGCUCAGCCUCUACACGUCCCCAUCGCUGCCCAACAUCAACCUGGGGCUGCAGGCAACCGUCACCGUCACCAACUCACACCUCAAUGCUUCCCCCCAGCCCGACUCUGAGCGCCCCCCGUUGGCGGCUCUCCGCGGUGGGGCUGCUCUCAGUGGGAAGCUGGGCUGUGUGCUGGGGGUGCCGCUGGACGGGGACCCCCCCGCGUCGCUGCUGCAGCACGUGCUGCUGCUGGAACAGGCCCGGCAACAGAGCGCCCUCAUUGCAGGUGAGUGGGGCCCCGGGACCACAGAUCCCAUAGAGAGAGACCCCAAUUCCCAUAUAGAUAGACCCCAAUUCCUAUAUAGAUAUACCCUAUCCUAUAUCCCUCUAUGGGGUCCAGGUGUGGUGUACGACACCUUCAUGCUGAAGCACCAAUGCACUUGUGGGAACACCCACAUCCACCCCGAGCACGCGGGGAGGAUCCAGAGCAUCUGGUCCCGACUGCAGGAGACGGGUCUGCGCGGCAAGUGUGAGCGGAUCCGGGGUCGGAAGGCGACGUUGGAGGAGAUCCAGGCGGUGCAUUCGGAGCAGCACGCGCUGCUGUAUGGAAAGCCCCUCAAUAGGCAGAAAUGGAUGGGAAAGAAGUGCUGGGUGGGUCCCAUCGGGCAGAAGACGUACGCAGUGCUGCCGUGUGGGGGCAUCGGGGUGGACAGUGACACGGUGUGGAAUGAGAUGCACUCGUCCAUCGCAGUGCGCACGGCCGUGGGCUGCCUGCUGGAGCUGGCCUUCAAAGUGGCCAAUGGGGACGUCAGGAAUGGAUUCGCUGUUAUCAGACCCCCCGGGCACCACGCGGAGGAGUCAGCAGCAAUGUGAGUGGAAUGGGGGGGGGUACAUAUGGGACCCCAGACCCUCCAAUAACACCCCUAUGGGACCCCAGACC